AACGACACAUAUAAACCCCCCAAAACCCUAACUAACCCACACUUUCACUUCACACUCCCCUUACUCGCUCGACCUAGAACUGUGUUAGGGUUUUACGAAACCACCGAAGUUGCAGAAAAAGGAAGAAAGAAGAAAAAAUGGUGGCUGACAGGAGCAAGAAGCCGAAGGUCUCCGAGAAGGGCGAAAACCUCGAUGAAAUCGACGGAGAACUCGUCCUCUCUAUCGAAAAGUUGCAGGAGAUCCAAGACGAGCUCGAAAAGAUCAAUGAGGAAGCCAGUGACAAAGUGCUCGAAAUAGAGCAGAAGUACAAUGAGAUACGGAAGCCCGUCUAUGAUAAGAGGAAUGAUAUUAUCAAGGCUAUUCCCGAUUUCUGGUUAACUGCUUUUUUGAGCCAUCCUGCUCUUGGUGAUCUUUUGAACGAGGAAGAUCAGAAGAUAUUUAAGUAUUUGAGUUCUCUUGAGGUUGAAGAUUUUAAAGAUGUCAAAUCAGGCUACUCAAUCACCUUUAAUUUCAAUGCCAAUCCCUAUUUUGAGGAUACAAAACUUGUAAAGACCUAUACCUUCCUUGAAGAAGGAACAACUAAGGUUACUGCUACACCCAUAAAAUGGAAAGAGGGCAAGGGCAUACCCAAUGGAGUUAAUCAUGAGAAAAAAAGGAACAAGCGUGCUCCUACUGAUGUCAGCUUCUUCAGUUGGUUUAGUGACACCGAGCAGAAAGAUGAUAUAGAUGACAUUCAUGAUGAGCAGGUUGCAGAAUUGAUCAAGGAUGAUUUAUGGCCAAAUCCACUUACUUAUUUCAACAAUGAAGAACCUGACGAAGAGGAAGGUGAUGAGGAUGAAGCUGAUGAUGAGGUAAUUUUUUCCUUAGAAAAAGCCCAGGGAAAGGAGGAUGAAUCUGGUGAUGAUGAUGACGAUCAAGAGGAGGAUGACGAUGAGGGUGAGGAGGAGGAUGACAAGUGAAAAAUACAUUAUGGUCAUAUUACUUUUUUUUUUUGGGGUUGUAGGAGUAUUUAAGCGUUCUUUAGGGGAUGAUCAUGGCCUCCCUUUGUGGUUGUCAUCUUAUGUCAGCUGGUGGAGCUACCAAGGCCAGUUAUUGGUUCUCUCUCUGACUAUAGCCUAUUUAUUGUCCUACGAAGUUAUUUCUGGUUUCAUCCCUUGUGCACUUUUUCAGAUACUAAUGUUACAUCGUUUCUUUUUUCAUAACCCUUUGUCGUGGAACUAAAUAGUAAAAAUUGCAGUAUUUAGUGUAUAGCAGUCCAGUUUGGUAUUUCUUAGCGUGCAGGAUACCAUGGGAAGCAUUUAUCAGAUACAGAUGUUCAAAUGCUAUUUCAAUGUUAUCCAAUUUAUUUCCUCUUA